CGAGAGCUUCCCUGGCAGGCAUCGUCCCCCUCAGCCAGUCUGACCGCCCACAAUCCGGGGCGAGAAAGUGCUGCUUUGUGAAUGAAGGGAGCGGUGGAGCGCACAAAACAAAAGUUUGCCAACAUUAUUUCCGACGGCUGACCAUUUCAUAUUGAAUCGAGACGUUUCGACGGUGCAACAAGCGACACCUGGACAACAAGGAGCGAGAAAAUACAGAGCUGUCCUGCUGUUCAGGCAUUUCAGAGAAGCUGUAAAUCAUGCUGGUGAGUUUGGCCUGUCUCUGUCUGGUGGUGGUAGUCAGCGGUGACCCCUGCCUCAUCAUAAGCGAGAUCAACGCAGACAACCCGAGAUUGGACACCACAGAAUUUGUGGAAUUGUAUCACACCAGUGGACAGCGGGCUUCACUGGACGGCUACACCCUUGUGUUCUAUAAUGGAAAUGGAAACAUAGCCUACAAGGUUCUGGACCUCAAAGGCCACAGCACAGAUGACAGAGGUUUCUUCCUGGUGGGUUCAGUGGACAUGCUGCCCAAACCGGCCAUCCUCCUGCCUCCCAACACAGUUCAGAACGGCCCAGACGCCAUUGUCCUCUACCACACAUCUGCUGCUCGCUACAGCGAGAAGAUGAAUGUCACAGGUCACGGGCUGGUGGACGCCGUCGUGUACAUGACUCGCCGUACUGGGGGAGCAGAGAUCCUCGCUGAAACUCUGACACCCGGGGAACCAGCCUUCGUCGAGGAUGAAACGGCGCUGGAGGGGGAUGAGUCAAUUGAGAGGUGCCUGCUGUCUGAAGAUCACUGGGGCUUUCAGGUGGCUUCACCAUCCCCAGGUCAACGAAACAACUGCACCCCACCUGCUGCUCCAGCAACCAGUCCGGUCAUUACUGAGCUGAAACUGGGAGGAGGGCAGGUGGAAGGGUUUGUGGAGCUAACAGAAGCUCCAGCUGCGGGUCCUCUGGUGCUGGUGGUAUUGGAUGGGAAAACAGACAGGGUCAGUGUGAGUGUGGACGUGGAUGUGAACUCCUCCCGGAAUGGGUUGAUCUCCAUGACCAUAGAGAAGAACUACAUGAAAGGGGAUGAGUCUGGGGCGGUGGCUAUUUACAGUGGCAGAGCUACAGACUUCCCUGUGGGGGGUCCACUGAGCCAGGUUCAGCCUUUAGAUGCGUUUGUGUUUGCUGGACCUGGAAACAAGCCAAGUCCCAACCUCACAGAGACUCUCAUCCCAGGCAGACAGCCCUACCAACUCAGCAGCAGUUUGAGAGAGGGAGGCUUUUACCUCAGUCGCUGUGGUGUGGCCACCUGGGCCAGAGACCCUGGCGUCUUCUGGGAGGCUCCGCAAACUCCUGGACAGUCCAACCAGUGCCCCUGGCCGAAGAUCUGCCCUCACAGUAUCGUGAUUCCAGGAGGUACAGAUUCAACACCUCACCUCCCGCCCUGGGGGAACAGUGACUUCCUAAUCAAUGAACUUAACACUGAUACACCUGGUGCAGCUGAAGACGGCGAGUACAUUGAGCUAUGGCACCCAUCAGGUCGCAGAGUCUCCCUGCAGGGCAUUUGGAUACUGUUGUUCAGUGCACACAACAACAGACCCUACAGGGAGAUCAACCUGAACGGACACUUCACCACCUCUAAGGGUUACUUUCUAUUGGGUAGUGACAGGCUGGUGCCAGCCCCAUCACUUCGCCUGCCUCCUAAUACCAUCCAGAAUGGACCCGACGCUGUGGCGCUGUACCGCAGCCCUAUUGGCCCACCAUCAGCUGUACAAAGGGGAAUCCCUACUAAAGGUCUGCUGGAUGCAGUUGUGUACCGACAGAGAGGAUCAGAUAAGGAGGUGCAGGAUCUGAGCAAAGCUCUGACCCCAGGACAACUGCCUCUCCUGGAGGACCCAGAGGUUUUGCCUGGUGAUGAGGCCCUCAGCCGCUGUAGAGGCCUUUAUCCCCAUGACCUGUCUGCUUUUUCAGUGGCUCCACCCACUCCUCUGAGGGAGAACAGCUGCCCCCGCCCACCUCCAGCCCCUGAAGGUGUGGUCAUCAGUGAAGUGGCUAGUGGCCACUGGACCAAUCACAGCCAGCAGAGGGCCUUUGUGGAGCUGCACGGCCUCCCCAUGACAGACCUGCAAGGCCUGGUGCUCACUGUGUUUGACCAGGAGCGCACUGGGACUGUCAUUGCCCUUCCUUUGACCGGAUCUAUUGACCAGCAUGGAUUUUAUAUUGUCGGAAAUGUCACUGGAGCAGAUCAGACGUUCCCAGAGGGCUCCACGGUGCCUGCACGAGGAGCAGUUGUCCUGUGCUAUGAUCUGUUCAGCGUCUGCAGAGCUGGCACAGCUCUGACCAACUCCAGCCUCAGAGACGUAAUUGUGUUUAGUGAGAACCAGCAGCUACUCUCCUCUCUGUCCACCACCAGAGGGAGACAAGUGAUUCCAGCUCUCAGGUCGGUGGAGGCUGGCCCUGUCUCACUCAGCCGGUGUUCCUGCUGCGAGGUGAGGAGCCCCUCCUCCUGGACAAGCUCCUCCCCCACACCCACCACCACAAACCUAUGUCCGAGCCCAGUGUUCUCAAGUCACAUUGACCUUUGCCUUGAACCCCUGUCCAGUGACUGGCAGGAGCACUCAGGAGACUGCAAUGGUCUGAUAAAGGGGAAGAGGAUCGCUGAGGUGGCUGACUACCUGGAGCAGAGGUGUCACUGUGGCAUCUCUGCCUUGUAUCUCCAAGGAGCCAACGUUUCUUGCGUGUCUGGCUGGCUGCGAGUGUGGGGGAACAUCCAAGCACUGUCGGACCAUCAGAAGGCCCUCAUCAUCCAGACAUCGCAUAUGAGUCCUUCAUCUGCUCAGGGAGACAUCUGUUCUUCCCCUACCACGGACCGUUACACGAGCACAGCGUCUACCCUCGGGCUUCAGAUCGGGCUGAUCAUAGCAGUGCUCUUGCUGCUGGGGCUAGGAGUUGCUCUCUUCAAAUACUUCUACAGGAGGAGGCGUCCUCAGGACUAUUACACCAUGGAGCUGAGUGAACAUGCAGAGGGACUGUCAGAUCUAUAAUCCAGGCUUCGAUCACUGUUCGUGUCAGGAAAUGCUUGUGUGUGUGUGGGAGCGAGCGAGCGAGAGGUUAGGGGUAAUCGGAUGUUAAUUCAAACUUAAAGCUGCAUUAAUUAAGAUUUAGCACAAAUUUGGAUAAAUCAAGUAAAAAAUUGUCUAGAAGUGUUG